UUGACAGAAAUUACUGCAAUAACACCUGAUUUACCGUGUCUUGUUACAAAUAUUAGACUAUUUUCAGUUGCUCGUUCUAUCCGGCGGCCUGUCCAUCUAUUAAAUGGAUUAUCAUCAUGUUCUGUUAAUGCAUGUGCUUUUAGUAUUGGGCUUCCUGGCAGUCGUCUUAGCAAGGCCAAAGUUGUGCAGCCACGAAGGUCGCUUAUACAAGCAUAACGAUCAAAUAACACUCAAUAAUUGCACGUAUAUCUGUACAUGUGACACGGCUACUCAAGCUACUUCUGUAUUCCUGUGUGUUCCUUUAUGUGUUUGGUUUGUUGACCGUGCCUGCCCUAAUGGUUACAUAGAAUCACAUGUGAUGGUCAGGUCAGGUCCACCUUCUUCUGGAUGUUACUGUGCUGUCCAUAAAUGUAUCAAAUCCAAUAUCUUGAGUAGCCAAGUUGGCCAACAACAGUACAGCAUUCAACACAAAAAAGUGAAGGUCCACUCAGGAUCAAAACUGAAGGUAUUCUCUAUACAAGGUAACAACAGACUUGAUGGAUAAAUAACUACAACGUGGAAUAUUUUUGUUCUUUUGAAUUGUGUUCAGCUGAUGGUCACCAUCGUAAAAUAAAUAAAGAAAUAAUAAUUAAAAA